AUGGCAUCUGGUGAGUGCUUUCUGUUAGACCUAGAAGCAGAUAACUUCAUUCUCUACAACGUCUCUGUCAACCAGAGUGCAAACCUCUCCCUGCUCAGUGACGACUGGUUCUACCCAGCAUUCCUCUACGCCAUCCCCACCAUCUACGGGAUCAUCAUCUUGAUAGGCCUUGUUGGCAAUAUCACUUUGAUCAAGAUCUUCUGUACUGUGAAAUCCAUGAGGAAUGUCCCUAAUCUGUUUAUCUCCAGCUUGGCUCUGGGAGACCUGCUGCUCUUAGUGACUUGCGUGCCCGUGGACGCCAGCAGGUACCUCGCUGACGAGUGGCUGUUCGGCAGAACUGGAUGCAAACUUAUCCCCUUCAUACAGCUCACGUCUGUAGGGGUGUCAGUCUUUACUCUCACUGCUCUCUCGGCUGACAGGUAUAAAGCUAUAGUGAGGCCAAUGGAGAUCCAAGCAUCCCAUGCACUGAUGAAGAUUUGUGUGAGAGCUGCUAUAAUCUGGAUUGUAUCCAUGUUGCUUGCCAUUCCUGAAGCAGUAUUUUCCGAUCUGCACCCUUUCCAUGACAAAGGGACUAAUAAAACCUUCAUCAGUUGUGCUCCUUACCCGCAUUCUGAUGGGCUGCAUCCCAAAAUUCACUCAAUGGCAUCCUUUCUGAUAUUUUAUAUCAUCCCCCUAUCUGUCAUUUCAGUAUAUUAUUAUUUCAUUGCUAAGAAUUUGAUCCGGAGUGCGUACAACAUCCCUGUGGAAGGAAAUGUGCACGUGAGGAAACAGAUUGAAUCGCGCAAGCGCCUGGCCAGGACAGUACUGGUCUUUGUGUGCCUCUUUGCCUUCUGCUGGCUUCCCACUCACAUCAUCUAUUUAUACCGGUCCUACCACUACUCGGAGGUGGACACCUCAGUGCUGCACUUCAUUGCCAGCAUCUGCGCUCGCAUUCUGGCAUUCACUAACUCCUGUGUCAACCCGUUUGCUCUCUACUUGCUCAGCAAGAGCUUUCGGAAACAGUUCAACAACCAGCUCUUCUGCUGCAGAGCUCGCCUCCUCAUCCGGUCCCAGAGCAUGGCCAGGAGCACCACACGAAUGACCUCCCUCAAGAGCACCAACCAUUCCCUGGCCACCUUCAGCCUCAUCAAUGGCAACCACGUCUGCCACGAAGGCUGUGUCUAA